AUGACCAAAACGGUCGAAUUCAACGUCUUCCGCGGAUCUGAGAGCGGCGAAAUUAUUCCGGAUACCACCAGAGCCACACUGGGCUCUGGCGAUGUCUUCGUGGAGAUCUCUCACGCUGGCCUAUGCGGGACUGACCGACUGUUCCGGACCAAGAGCAUUGCCUUGGGCCAUGAAGGAGCCGGCACGGUGCGCGAUGUUGGCUGUGCCGUAGACCAGUUCCGGGUCGGGGACAAGGUCGGCUUUGGCUGGGUUCAGAAGGUGUGCGGCCAUUGCGAUUACUGCAUCACCGACAAGGACCAGUACUGUACGCAUCGAGAGAACUAUGGCACCCACGGGUUCGAAAUCGGUGCCUUUGCUACCCACGCCGUCUGGCACGAGAGCAUGCUCAUCAAACUGCCGGACGCGCUGGAGUGCCAGUACGCCGCACCGCUGAUGUGCGGCGGCGCCACUGUUUGGGGGGCAUUGACUUCUGACGGGAUCCAGCCUGGGGACAGAGUCGGCAUUGCAGGGAUUGGAGGGUUAGGCCACAUGGCGAUCCAGUUUGCAUCGAUGCUCGGGUGCGAUGUCGUCGUCUUUUCAAGCGAUCCAUCCAAGCGCGACGAGGCCCUUAGUCUGGGAGCCAAGGAAUUCCGCGUCUUGCAGGAUGGAGUGCCCACGACAGGUGUGAAGCAGGUGCGGCACCUGGUGUGGUGCGCCAGUGUUCCGCCGGAUCUCACUCGACUUCUACCGCGAGUCGCACCGGAUGGAACGAUCCAUCUCCUGACUGUCAGCCAUCAGUCCAUACCCACGCCCACCUUGCCGCUGGUCUCGAACGGCAUCCGACUGCGUGGCACUGCAGUGGCUUCACGACUGGCCAUCCGGAAGAUGCUGCGGUUUGUGGCGCUGCACGGCCUACGACCGAUCAUCAUGACUUGGCCGAUGACGCGGGAUGGGAUCCAAGCGGCGUUCACCACGCUCGAGCAGGGGAAGAUGCGGUACCGUGGGGUGCUGGUGGGACAGCGGCAUCUGAUGGGGAAGCCGGCCGUUGAAAUCCAAAAGUAG